AUGUGUGCCUCCGCCACGCGCCCCCAGCCAUCGGCGUCCAACAACGUGAAGAAGAUUAUCCUGCCCGACCUCGUCUCACAUUGCACCUUUAAGCUUCGUCAUAAUCGCCACAGGAAACAAGUUACCACCGAGACGAAGAAGUGGCUGUUCAAGGACGGCAAUCUCCUAGGCCAGAAGGAAAGGGCGUACCACGGACUCAAAUGUGGCCUCCUCACAUCUAUGUGCUACCCGGAUGCAGGGUACCCCCAACUGCGCGUCGUCAACGACUUCCUCACCUAUCUCUUCCACCUCGAUAACUUAUCAGACGAGAUGGACAAUAGGGGCACAACCACGACCGCUGAUGAGGUUCUAAACUCUCUCUACCACCCUCACACUUGGCGUUCGUCGGCGAGAGUUGGGAAGAUGACGCGGGAUUUCUAUAAGCGGCUCGUUCUUACAGCGUCGCCUGGGGCUCAGCAGCGUUUCAUUGAGACGUUUGAUUUCUUCUUCCAGAGUGUAACUCAACAAGCUUUGGAUCGUGCGAGUGGAGUAAUACCCGACCUCGAGUCUUACAUCUCCCUGCGUCGCGAUACCUCAGGCUGCAAGCCCUGCUGGGCGAUGAUCGAAUAUGCAAACAAUCUCGAUAUCCCUGAUGAAGUCAUGGAUCAUCCCAUUAUUCGCAGUCUCGGAGAAGCUACGAACGAUUUGGUGACAUGGUCUAACGACAUCUUUUCCUACAGUGUAGAACAGUCGAAGGGGCAUACACAUAAUAUGAUCCCCGUGGUCAUGUACCAAGAAGGCUUGGACCUUCAAGCUGCCGUGGACUUCGUCGGCGAUAUGUGCAGGCAGUCGAUCAAUCGCUUUGUUGAGGAAAAGGCGCGUCUUCCUUCAUGGGGCCCUAAGAUCGACCAGGACGUGGCCAUCUACGUCCAAGGUCUCGCCGACUGGAUCGUCGGUUCUCUCCACUGGUCCUUCGAAACAGAACGCUACUUUGGCAAAUCAGGCCGCCAGGUGAAGGCCUCACGGAUAGUUGACCUCCUUCCCAGACAACGGUUACCUUAA